GCGGGAAGUCGGAGAGCGCGACUCGGGGAUUGGGUAGCUUCGAGGGAGGUGGGCGGUGAUUGGGCGGUGCCGGGAGGCCCCCGGUCUGCGGCGAGGGCGCGCGAGCUCGAGUUCCGGUGCGAGGCCUGCGCUGAGGGCCUGCGCUUCAUCAUGGCCUCGGCUGAGCUGGACUACACCAUCGAGAUCCCGGAUCAGCCCUGCGGGAGUCAGGAGAAUGGGCCUAACCAAGGCGGGAAGGAAGCCGGGACCCGGCAGCCUUUGGUGAUUCUCUUGGGCUGGGGAGGCUGCACGGACAAGAACCUUGCCAAGUACAGCACCAUCUACCACAAAAGGGGCUGCAUCGUGAUCCGCUACACUGCCCCCUGGCACAUGGUCUUCUUCUCCGAGCCCCUGGGCAUCCCUUCGCUGCGUGUCUUGGCCCAGAAGCUCCUGGAGCUGCUCUUCGACCACGAGGUGGACCAGGAGCCGCUGCUCUUCCACGUCUUCAGCAACGCCGGCGUCAUGCUGUACCGCCAUGUGCUGGAGCUGCUGCACACCCGCCAGCGCUUCUGCCACUUGCGUGUGGUGGGCACCAUUUUUGACAGCGGGCCCGGGGACAGCAACCUGGUGGGGGCGCUGCGGGCCCUGGCAGCCGUCCUGCAGCGCCGGCCGGCCGCGCUGCGCCUGCUGCUGCUGGGGGCCUUUGCCCUGGUGGCCGUCCUGUUCCACGUCCUGCUGGCUCCGCUCACCGCCCUCUUCUACACCCACUUCUACGACAGGCUCCUCAACGCCGCCUCCCGCUGGCCCGAGCUCUACCUCUACUCGCGGGCUGACCGGGUGGUCCUGGCCAAGGACGUGGAGCGCAUGGUGGAGGCACGCCUGGCACACCGGGUCUGCGUGCGUUCCGUGGACUUCAAGUCGUCGGCCCACGUCAGCCACCUCCGAGACUUCCCCGCGCACUACACUAGCCUCUGCAUCAACUUCAUGCGCAGCUGCAUCCACGGCGGGGGGCCUAGUCCGCCCCCCUCUCCUCAGCCCCAGGACUAAGUGCCCAGCCCCUCCCCAUGACCAGCAGCCAGGCGGGGUCCCGUUCUGGUUCCCUCCAGCCCUUUAGAGCCUCGCGGUCCCUCUGUUCUGGGUGACUGUGGGGGUCAGAGGACCCCUGGCCCCUAGAGGGCAGCAGUGCCCGAGUAUCUGUGGGGCUCUGCCCACCAACCAGGCUGUUGAUUCCUGGGUAUGUAAGGGGUUAAUAGGUGGGGUGUUGGGGAUGUGCCCAGGUGGGUCACUGGCUUGGGAACAAAGAGUGAGCUUCUUGGGCAGGUGCCCAAAGGUAGGGGUGAUCCGCAGGAAAGCCCCCCAACAGGAAGUCCUUCCCCAUGGACCCUCAGUGGGGAUCCCUGAAGCUCUGCCCACCUGCCCACCAGUGCAGAGUCUGAGAAGCUAAAAGGGGAGCUGAGGAGGCAGAGCUGGGGCCAGCCCGGUGUCUUGCUGGAAACCAACCAAUGGAUGCAGGAGAAUUGCCAGAUGGGAGGAACGGUGGGGAGCAGAGAGCAGGAAGGUGGCAGUGUGCCCAGUAGGCAUCCUGGGCACAGCAUCAGGAGUCACGACUCCUGGUCUUCCUCAGGGAGGCUGCACGCACUUGGAGGCAGGAGAGGCGGCUUUGGUCACUUGCUGUCACACUUGGUAUUCAAUAAAAUCAGAUAGAGGCGC